CUGGUCUCACAAUAUGUUACCAUUAAUUGCAUACCCAGUGGAACCGCUAUCGCCUGUUUUCGGCAGCCCGACUGCGCGAGCAAACGCAGCGCAUCCCACACCCGCUCGUUCACUGUUCUGCUAAUCCUCGCCGUCAUCGCAGAAAUAGCAUACCACACCAUCAAAGACGAGCGAAUGGUCCACGAGCUUAGCUUUGUGCUACUCAUCAUCAUGGUGGCCNAUCAGACACGUUCUCUGAUCAAACUUCGCGUGCACAACGCAAAAGACAAGCGAAUGCUGCAAAACGCGACCAUUCUCGCACUAAAGCGCAGAGUAGGCAUACCUUGGGGCUUUAUGUUUGAGUUGCAUGGGUGGUGGCAUGUUUUGACUGCUCCUGGUGCGCAUACUUUUAUGAUUAUGGUUGACGAGCUCACGCGUGAUGAAGUCGAGUUGAGGUAUCUCCGGGAAAGUGGCGAGAAGCAUGCUGAGAAGCAAGAG